CACAACAAAGCGAAGAGUUAUCCGAAGCAAUGACAGCAGUAGGGGCGCGCCUUAUUUCCACGGUUACCGGAAUUCCCCCGCCAAAUCCCUCCCAGUCUGAAACUUCCCUUCCACCGUUAAAACCACCACCACUGCAACAACAACAGCAUUUCAUUCUCAACACUAAAACCAAUCGCAGAAAUUUCUCAGUUCUCCCUCUCACACUCAUUCCAUUCCUCUAUCAACCCUCUCCGGCCUCCGCCUUCUCGCUCGGCAUAUCAGGACCAAAGGAUUGGUUGAGAGAUCAGAAGAAGAAAGCAUCGAAAUAUGUGUUAGCUCCAAUUGAUGCUUCUAGAAAUAGCCUUCGGAGUGCACAUCUUUUAUUAACUACGGAUUCUGACAAUCCGGAUAAAGAUUUCGAAGAAGUUCAGAACCUAUUAAGAUCUGCUACAAGAGAUUGUGCUCCUCUAGAAAGGAAUUCUUUUGUCUCAUUUCAAGCUAGUACUGGUGUUGAGGUUUGCACGUUUACUUUGGUUUUGAAGAAUGCGGCUUCUUUAUUGGACGAUAAGGAUCCUGUUAAGUUGGAAACUGAAGCUAUUUUAGGGAGUCUUAUAAGAUCUCUCAGCUCCCUUAAUGGUGUGGCAAAUGAAGCCGACUUUCAACUUGCCUCCAGCAGAGAAAAGGUGGCGGAUGCCUUGUUGGACACCAUAACCUCACUCGACAAGUUCGAGCAGGGUAUCAAGGAUUGCCUUGAGAUCUAAUAGUUGCCUCUCCAUCCUACAAUCAAAAAUAGCCUGCUGCAUAUCAAGCCUAGAAGAACAUUGGAUGCUAAUUUGUGUUAAGUUCUUGUGAUUGGGACUUGUAACAGCUCUUCACUUCCCUCAUUUUUACCAGUAUCAAUAAGAAAUUCUGUGUUUACUACUACUGUCUAGCUGUCUUUCAUUUUCUUUCGUCUCUUUGCUUGGUUCUUCAUGUGCAAUAAAAAUCGAUGUUGUCCGCU